AUGGCUUCAUCAUUGCAGGAGCUUCUUGCAAAGGAAGGUUUCAAAGGAAGUAGCAAAAGAGUGCUAAAGUCAAGAUCUUCUUUCCACCAUGGUGCUUCAAGUGAUCCACUUCAUUCCUUGGAAGAGAGACAAUGUGUAUCAUCGAGCGAACGAAUCAAAACACAGAAAACAAAGUCGAAAACAGCCUCAAGGUAUCAAAUCAGCAACACCAAUGAUAGUAAGAACACAAGAUCAAAGGAUAAUAGUAAUGUUUUUAUCCAAAACAAGAUAAGUCAUGAACGAUUAAAGAACGGUGAAACUGAGAAGAACGAGCCUCACGAUUCAUCAGAGAGUGAUAGUGGAUUCGAAGAUGUUUAUUCAAAUCAAGUGUCUAAUGCGAAAAGAGGCAAAGACAAGAAGGAAAAAAUCGUGGAAAAGCCGUUGAAGAGUUCAUAUAUGCUAAGACAGUUGAGUGGAAAUAGAAAGAGUGAGAAUCAAGCUACGAAUUCGCAAGAUUCUUCUACUCUUGCUAUUGAUGAAAUUGCUGUGAAAGCACUAGUUUCAAUUCUGAAUGGAUACAUAGAAAGUUUUCUAAAAGACGAAGAUUUUCGGUCCACAUUACGCCACAAUUGUUUCUCCUCCUUGAACUUGAUUCAUCUCGAGAAGGAAGAAAACAAGUCCGAGACCAAAGUGAUUACGAGUCUCGAGCAAGCUAUUGAGUGCGUAGAGAAAACGGCUGAGAAAGACGAAUCCAUAUCUGCAAUACAUCUGAAAAGAGCAACAAUGCAGCUUAGUAUUAUCACAGGUUUGAGUUUGAAUGAUCUCAAAUACGAUUUUACGUGCGGGAUUCCGAAUUUCAAGUUAUCAGCCUGUGCUCAUCUUUACCUCAGUGUGGCGCGGACGAUAUUGUUGCCUGAACUUUGGGAGCAUCUAUUUUCACCAAAUCUUUCUCAUUUGAAGAAAUGGUAUAAUAGCAAAGAAGGUGAAAUCGUUGCGGAUAUGCAAACCAAAGCGCGAAAGCUAAAGAUUCUUCAAAAAGUGUAUAACGAAAAUCUGGAUUCAGGAACUCGAGUUUUUGCUUUAUAUUACAAAGAUUGGCUCAGUGAAGGAGUCGAAACUCCAACUAUUCCUUCUAUUGGAAUUCCAUCACUAUCAAUUACGAGUCGACAGGCGAGCUCGUUCGGUCAUUCAUUUGAGCCAUUCUCGCCACAGGCGAUGGUAAGCAAGAAACUAUAUGAUUCGUUCUUUGGCGGAUAUGGGAAACCUGAAGUUUAUGAAGUUGAAGGAGAUGAUAAGGAUGAAGAUAGUUUUGAAAAUUGUGAGAGAGGCUCUUAUGGUUCAACCGUCGUUAAGAAAACGUUAAUAUACGAAUCCGAAACUGUUAAGUUUAUUGAUCAAAGUGCUGAAGAUUUACCUCCAAGUGUUCCAAUUCAUGACUUCAGAAAGAUGCAGCCGAAUACGAUAAGCUCUAAUCUUGAAGGAUCUUAUUUUCCAAGCAUUCCGCAGGAAUUUAUUUGUCCUUUGACACGAAAGAUCUUCGAGGAACCUGUCACCUUAGAGUCAGGCCAAACCUUCGAACGAAAAGCUAUCAAGGCAUGGUUUCAAAAGGGGAACCGAACAUGUCCCGUGACAGGAAAUUCUUUAGAAUGCGUGUUCAUGCCAUUUACCAACCUUAUUUUGAAGCGAUUGAUCGAUAACUGGAAGACAGAAGAUUUCGACCGUCUUCUUGAUUUCGCCUCUCAAACGGUGGAAAAUUCAAAGGAACUUCAGAUGAAAAAGCGCUACGAGGCUAUCGUUUUCAAGUUACAAAGUCUUUUCGCUUCCUUGAAAGAAGAGGAAAAAUCAACUUAUGCUAAGCAUAUAAUCUCUUUAGGAGUUUUUUCGUUUCUUUUCAAGAGGUUUGAACUUGGAAACAUCGAAGAAAAAUCACAUGUGCUCGAGAUUUUGUUAAAUUGUAUUCAAGCAGAUUCUAGUUGCGUAUAUAAGAUAGCAAGAAGCGUCGACAGAAAAAUUCUUCUCGAGCUUCUUCAUAGCAAGAUGGUUACUCCAACAACAAAUGCAAUAGUUUUCCUUACUGAACUUUUAUCGAUGAAGAGGAGAAAAGAUGUUACUUAUUUCCUAAGUGGCUUGGUGGGUGAAGAUGUAUAUAGUACAAUGCAUAUUGUGCUCAUGUAUCUCAAGAACUGUUCUCCAAUUCAAAAGCCUUUCGUUGCAGUUCUCUUAUUACACUUUGAUCUCCUGGUUGAGCCUCAAAAGUUAGGCAUAUACAUUGAAACGGCUGUGAAUGCCAUUGCAGAGACACUUGAUGCAAGCUUAAAUGACGAGAAGGUCCAAAACAAGUGUUGCAAAGCUCUUUUAAUCUUGUGUGGCCAUUUUUCUUCCACCGGAAAGAUAAUUACCGAUACCACCAUCUUAAAGCAAGCUGGUUAUAAAAAUGGUAGCUCGGAAUUGAAAUCUCCUAGCUAUGAUGAAGAGGAUCAACAGUUAGAUGUAACCAUUUCAUCAGAAGAUGAGGAAGAAGAAAGGAAAGAAGAGUUCAUGAUAAACAUGUUAGAAUCAUUGAUUGGUGAUGGAGAAAGUCCAUUUUUGAAAACCAUAUCUAGAUGUUUAGAAUCUAAACAUGUAGAUUUGGUGAGGACUUGUCUAAUAACUGUCACAUGGUUGAGUUCCUCACUUUCUAAACAAUAUAACGCCGGAUUGCAUCUUCCCGCCUUCUUAGCCGUCAUUUCUCAACUGAAAGGAAUCCUACAAAAUGGCGAACUCGACCUCAAAACUCUCGCAUCUAUGUCAUUGUUUAACUUCAGUAAAAUAUCAGAAUGCCGAACACUUUUGAAGAUUAUGGCACAAGAUAUUGCUCCGAUUCUUCAUGGACUAGUUGAUGUAAUAUGGACCGCAAAGAAAAUGCAUGCCAUUUUGAUGUAA